AUGUUUUCUAACUUCCUCCAAAAUAGUUACAGGCAGUACAAAAACGACACUAACCGGUUCGCAAUAUGGCUGGUUAAUUUUGCGAAGAAGGUUGGCCUUGAACCUGCCUGUCUUUCUUCCAUUCCAGCGGCCAAAAGGAAGAAAAAAGAUGCCGGCUCUGCAUCCAAGGCAGCUAAAUACCAAAUUACUGUAGGGGAGUUUUUGACGCUCGCGCGAGCUAUUUUUAAUACCAGCCUUAAAGCGCCCUCCCGGAUGCUUAACGUUGCCAAACGUGCUAUUACAUUCCGUAAAAAUGUGAUUUUGUGGUUUUUAGGACGGGGUCGCGAUGCCGUCGAAAAAAGACAUGCCCAUUUUAUUCAGGUUUUGGAAGAAAUUUGCGAGCUUCUUUCCUGGGAAACAACGCCGUCAUUUGGCUUAACGAGCAUUGCCCACCGCGAUAAAAAACCUAUUGGCGUAGUCGAAAAUUACGAUUCGUCCGCGCCCGCUUGGGUUAAUUGGUUUGCUUCUUUCGUUGUCGAAAACGCUGAAAAUGAAUUAGCAACGUUAACUAUUAAUAAUGUUAUCCAGCUGGAAAUUGUCGAAAAUGACGCAAAGGAACCUGAUAACGAUUUCCUGUCCCAGCCCUUUUUCAGAAUUUUAUGCUUGCUCCAUAAUUUGUCAAACUGGAAACGCUUUUUGUCCGACACCCUGGCGCGAAAUUUGGUCCAAGAUGUUUUGGAGGACCACCAGCACCAAUUCCCUGUAGGAGGAAUAGGCCUGCAACAAUUGGGCGGCCUGCCAUAUAAUGAGGAACUGUUAAAUAUCGCUGAAUUUGCGUUCUUUCCUACCGGAGUCCUGUUACAAUUAUUUUUCGACGUUAUUAAAAACGGCAAUAUUCCAAUUUAUAAAUUAGAUUAUUACGGCAAUUAUAACGCUAAAACGGAUCGAUUUAAAAUGUCCGUUAUCGAAAAAUUUAAUAAGGAUAAAAUUUUUUUGCUGGAACUUUUUCCCGAAUAUUGCGUGGUUGCAAAUUUUGGCGCCCUUUUACCUGUACGCGACGAAAUUACCGCCAAUUUCGUCGAAUAUUACACUAUUAAAAAUUUCAAUUUGUGGUAUUACUUUGCCUUUCAAAUCGUCCUCGACGUUUACCACGUUAUUCGCUAUUACCGCCUAAACGCCGCCGCGAACCUUCGUAUAAACGGUUUAUAUAUUGCGAAAAUUAUCGACGAAUAUUUUAAAUUAUCCAAAAUUUACCCGUACCCGGAAUUUUGGUUUAAAAAAGGAAACCUGGAAAUUAAAAAAAUACGGAACCUUAUCGCGACCUGGAUCGAAAGAGAUCCUUUUUUGGUAAUAAGAAUGGAUGCUUAUUCCGUAAUCGAUAAAAAUAAUCGAUUUGGCGCUUAG